AUGGCCCCAUCUGUCGAGGACUUGGUGGAAGAACGCGCUCGCCAUCAUGAUAUUUUGAAACUAGCAUACAAGCAUGCGAGACAAGGAUAUCAACCCUCGCGCGAGACGUGGGAAAUGACGUCGAAAGCGGUGGUGGCUGGCACUCUCAGCUCGCUGAGCGACAUUGCUCUGGCGGUCUACGGUUCGACCGCUAGCACUCCCGUGCACUCCGAAGAGAGCUUCGUCGACGACGGCUCUGGACCGAACCGACACAUACCGUCCUGCGUGCGACACCCUCUCACGCCGCCUAGUGUGCUCGCGGUCAUUGGUGAAGUCCUUCCGGACAUCGAUAUCGACGCACCUGCUUGCCACGCCGCUGCAGCCAACUUGUACGGUCUUUGGCACUGCCCUGCGGUCGAUUGCUCGCAUAUUGUCGAUGUUACUCACAUCCGCGCUGGAGACUUGGAGUUUUUGCUUCAGCAUGCCGCCGGCAAAGCUGCUACGCUCGUGGCUCCCUCAGGAAUAGGUCGCAUCACUGCGGGAGAUCCGUCCAAUGCGCGCGCAGCGCUACAGUUACUGGUCUACCGCCACUUCGAGCGUGGCCAUCUUUCCAGACGCGGUCUCGAGAUGAUUGUAUCCCCGACCGUGCGCUUGCUAGAUGGACAGCACACUGUCACCUGGCGUUACAAGAGCGACUGGGUGGAACUGAUGCCUGACCUUCAGUCUGCGUCUGCGGACGACGAACGGCGGGUGACGCAAAUGCUGCGCCAAUGGCUUUCUGACAAGGGUUCUCGGGUAUGCGAUCGUUUACGCCGCCCGAAUUGGGUCAAGUAUCGACUUUGGGCCCGUCGUGAUCGUGCCGAGCGUCAACAAACUGUCCGUGCAGCUCUGGAGGCGGGACAUUCCGACUACGAGGCGGCGUUCGAGCUAUUCCGCCAUAUUCGCCUCGGCAACGCGCGCGACGACGACUCGGAGGUCUUUCAAGCUUACGUCCGGGCCGAAGGAUUGGAUCGCGACGUCCUCAAUUUUAUGAUGCUACCCGUGCGGCCAUGGCCGCGCGAAUAUCCGGCUUGGGCCAGUCUAUCGGAGGCAGAGCGCGAGGAGAUCAUGAACGUAUACGCGAGCGCCGACCAUGAGGCGCAGUUGAAGUGCGAGCGUCGGAUAUACAAUUAUCCAUUCCUGGUGGACUGGUGA